GCCAGGUAAAACCUAUCGAUGAUUCCUAUGUAUAUUUAUCCCCAUAUAUAUUCUCCAUCUUCUGGACCUGUGAUUGCGAUCUCACAUAAAUAAAGAAUCACAUACACCUUUGCUAAUAGUACAGUACGCACCUCGUAUAGCUCUGCAUGUGUUGAAUCCGUACAUAUAUAUGGAGCGAAGGCUUGACAAAGAGGGUAAAGGAGGAUCAGUAAUGCUGCAAAAGAAGUUGGCGGAGACGCGGCGGAAGUCGCAGCCGGUGCCGGACCUCAGCGACUUCAUGACGGACAUGUUUUUUGGGACAGUUGACAAGGACAAGAAAAGCUAUGACCUUACUGGUGGAGCCGGAGGGGGCAGUGUAUUGUCGGAAAACGACGACGAUGUUGGAUUUGACGACAGCACGAGAAGCAACAGCAGCAGGAUGACAGAGGAGUGGUUGGAAGAGGCGCGGCACGUGGUGGCGGCGUCUCCAACACGAUGCGACUCACCUCGUCGUCUUGUUGGAUCCCCAAGGUUUGCGGCCACUGCACAAGGAACGCCACCGGCGGCUUUUCGGUUUUUAGAUAGAAGAGACCCUCUUUCCAGGUCCGCCAGAAGGAACAGAGCAGGGGAAGGGUUCGGUGGGGAGAUCCUCUCGAAAACAGCUAAACACAGCCGAAACAAAUCCGACACGUUAUUCACUACCAAACCCUCCUCCUCGUUUGAGGAUGAUGGAUCCCCUGCUACGGCGGUCCACAGGUGGUUCUCCAACAUCCUCAAACCCUCCAAUCCUACCAUAUCUUCAGACCCUUGUUCCGCCCCCGAACCCAGCAGAUCAUCCUCCCCUUUCCCGCCUCGUCGUUCCUUCCACCGCAAGUCUCGAUUCCAGACCGACCCUUCUGUUCCUCCCCCACAGGCUGACCAAGUCCUUUCCCGCCGGACCUUUAGGACUUUCGCGCCUUCGCCGGAGCCUUCUACUCUCUCACCGCCCAAGAAUGUCGUCGAACCUGCCGUCGGCCGGACGUUCUCCUCGCCGAACUCUUUGCCACUGUCUCCCCCCAGAAAUCCUGUCCAGUCGGCUCACCGGAGAAUGUUGUUGUCGUCCACCUGUUCGCUGGAGAAAAUUGCGCCCGGGACGGAUGCUUAUGGACGGUCCAAGAAGGGAGAGAGAACCGUAGAUCAUUCUCUCAAUCGUUUUCUUGAAGAGCAGCGGAUUUUAAUUCAGAAAGUGAUGAACAUGGAGCUCAAUGCAAAGACCACAAUUGUGCUCUCUGGGCCUUCUAACAGUAUAGCAUCAAUGGUGGCUGCCAUAUGUUAUGCCUGGCUGUUGUGGUAUAGGCAAAGGGAGAAAGAUGAUGGAGGAGACAAUGUGGUAGUUCCUGUUAUGAAUGUGAGGCGAAGUUCCAUGUUGAAGCUAAGGCAGGCUGCUUGGCUCUUUUUCCAUGCUGGCCUUGACGCUACCUCAUUGCUUUUUGCUGACGAGGUGGACUUGGAAGACCGUAUGGUGUCUGGUCGACUGACCAUCCAUGUGGUUGGACAAGAUAUCCUAAGUGCUACUGGCGAGGUUGGGUCUAUGUGUACCAUUCUUACUGAUAAUUAUUGUGAAGAUGCCUAUGAUCUACUUCGAGACCCUGUGCUGCAGAACCUUCUGCUUUCUGGCAUUCUGCUGGACACUCAGAAUCUGAAGGCAUCAGCUUCAUCAUCUAUGACAAGAGAUUCAGAAGCUGUCCAGUUGUUACUGGUUGGCUCAGCCCCAAACUACAGAUUUACUUUAUUUGAUCAACUGAUGCAAGAUCAAAACGCUUGUUCUUUUAUUGAAGCGUUACACCAGAACUACGGGAAACCUUCCGAUGGAAAUCAUUCCUUGCGGAGUUCCUGUGCUUUUACAGGUGAUCAAGAUUGUGAAGGAAACACAGAGCAAAGAGUUCGAGAGAGGAAGUUGGCCAUUGUAUCCGAUCAUGAAGUGGUCAUACCUAAUCCAGAAAAGAAUUCUACUGAUACAAGAGGUGCCACAACUAACAAGGUUUCUCCACAACCAGCCAAACUUAUUUCGCCACCUGUGGAAUCACCUACCCCUGCACCAGCACGCACAGAGAAGGAAGCUUCCCGUGAAAAGAGCAAAUUCUUCCUGGCAAGGUGGUUUGGUUUUGGUUCAAAAUGAGCAGACUUCCUCCUUCGUUUUGUUUAUAUUGACUCAAAAUUUUCAUAGUAGAACAGAAAUCAAGUUAGAAGUGUAUAUAUGAAUUUUUACUUGGAUGCUUGGUAUAUGGACACUACUAGGCAAGCGUGUACAUAUCAGUGUAAAAGUUCCUUUCUUUCUUCAUUUUUUUCUCUCCAAAUUAUUCAUUACUUUCAUACUCAUCAAUAAUAAUGCCAUUUACUUUGGAUUCUUUGAA